CACCGCUUAUUGCAAAACAGACACAUUUCAAACGAGCUGACUUCAACACAAGACAACGCUAGUAUAUGUAUAGAUGAAGGUUGAUAUGGGAAGUAAAGAAAAGCAAGACGAGCAUUAUGUGAUGUUUGAGACAAUCUCGUGACAUCAGUUGAUAUAUUCUUGAUUGGAAAGGCUGUGAACUGAAAAAGGUAUAAGGCCUAUCGGCAUAAAUGUAUUAUAGAUGCAGGACAUUUCAUCAGCUGCAAUAUAUUAUUGUGGUACUAUACUUGAAAGUGACAACUGCUUAUAUGUGUGAGUUCAAUAAGCCAUGUCAAGCACAUGAAGAAACCUGUGAACACCGAACAUGAAAACACUCGCAUCACUCUGUUUAUGUUUUUUAACAUCUUUAUUGUCGAUAAAGUUCACCAGAUGGCGCUGAGAUCCAUUACUGGAAUAUUGGCCAAUCAAAUUCGAAGAUUGGAGUUGGCGGCACAUUUGAUGCUACCUUUUGGUGGGAAGUCACUUUGCGCCAAGAAGACCCGAACGAGUGGACCAGAUUUUUUUCUGAACGACAUACCCUUACAGAAAAUGUUGGGUUCCAGUCAACUGAAAACCAUCAAAGGAAAAGUGUUUGAAGAAGAAGAUCUAACUACUUUGCUCCCGAAAGGAAAGAAGAAAUGCACUAUCUCUGUAGAAGGCAAUAUUGGAUGUGGAAAGACAACUCUGCUAGAGUACUUCAAGGAAUCGCCAAAUGUGCAGGCUAUUCGAGAACCUGUGGAACAGUGGACCAAUGUUCAGGGCCACAAUGCAUUGGCCCUUCUGUACCAAGAUCCAAAGCGAUGGAGCUUCUCCUUCAAUCUGUAUGCCCAGCUGACCAGGAUACAGAUGCAUGUAUGUCCUCAUGAAAAACCUGUGAAGAUGCUGGAGAGAUCAUUAUUCAGCACACGAUACUGCUUUGUGGAAAAUGACUACGUCAACAAAACUAUCAAUGGACUAGAAUAUGCCAUUUUGAACCAGUGGUUUGAUUUCUUAACUCAAAGAAAAAGCACAGAACUGGACCUGAUAGUGUAUUUGAGAGCUGAUCCCAGAACAUGUUAUGACAGAAUCAAGAAAAGAUCAAGAAAAGAAGAAGUUGGCGUACCAUUUGAGUUGAUUCAGAACUUGCAUGAUCUACAUGAAGAAUGGCUGGUGCAUGAAAGAAACUACAAGUCUCCUUGUCCAGUGCUGAUUCUUGAUGCUAACAACGAAUAUACUCAUAUGACAAAGUUAUACGAGGACAAACGACAAGAGAUCUUGUGUGGGUAUAUAUGAAGGCAGGACUGAGGCCACGAGAGAGUGGCUAGUGACAAGUAGUGAUUAAGACUGGAGCUUCAGUAUUGAUGUUGACAACACCAACGAGUCAUUAACUCCGCCCAAGAUUGACAGUGUUAGAAUACUCCAAUACAAAUAUGGCACCAGUUGAUUGUCCGAAGUUUAUCGAAACAACAGCAUUUCCUGUGAACCGUAUUGACCGUCAUCUGACAGCAAGUCAUUAUUCUACUGAUCUCAUUUUCUCUUGUAUUUAAUUUAAAUAUGUAAUGUGUAUGACACCAAAUGAUCUAACAGUUCAUUUCUUCAACACUGGUUUUUGUUAUAAUGAAACAGAAAAAAAAAAAUUAGUCUUUGUUCUUGUCGGAGACUAUUUUAGUAUAAUGACUGCCUUUUACCAAAAGUGUUCAUGAACGACUAAAAUUCAAUAUCAGACAUCCUGCCGUCAAUUUCGGUGAAAACUGGGGUCCAUGGAAUUUGGAAAUUUUGUGCUCCAAACUGAAUAAAUGUUGAAAGUUGGGGAAUAUUACUUUAAAUGUGUAAUGGAUAUGAGGAAAUGUUCAGUGCCAGACAUACCUCAGUUAAAACUAGUUCAAAUAUUGCUAAUAUGGUCAGAGUGUUCAGUCGCAGACAUACCUCAUCAAACUAGUACAAAUAUUGUUAUAAAUGAGUAAACGUUCAGUACUAGACAGUACUCAGAAUUAACUAGGUAAUUCAGAUUUUGUUUUAGACGAGAAAAUGAUCUUAACCAGAUUACCUCGGCAGUUUAUUUUACAAAUCGUUGUUUAAUAUUAAAUAGUACUAGACAUAACCCUGUCACAGAUAUGAUAUUGUCAAACCAAAUCAAAUUGUUCAUUGAUUCCGGUGUAGGGACAGUUUUAAUAAAGGUUUUAUCAAGUUUUAACUAAAAAACUUUCUUAAAAAAAAAUCACCUUGUCCAUUUUACAUCUUAAGUUUUAUCAAGAUUCUUUAUUUAUUUUUAAAUGUUUUUAAAGCAUGUUUAAAACUGUAUCUGGUAUAUGAAGAAGACAAAAACUUCGAAGUCGGGCUAUUGAUAUUCCGAUUUUUGCGGAUGUUGUGGCCUGAAACUAGUUAGUACUUGAACUUUAUUUCUUCUAUUCCUCUUUCUAUCUCUUCAAUCUGUUAAAUGCUCAUUUUUGUAUUUAACAUACACUGGUACACUUGAUGUAAGACUAUUUUGAAGAUAUAUUGAUGACGCUGUUUUCAGUAUGAAUGUUUAGUCAGUGUGCUUGGUUGUAACUACAAGAUGAUACUUUACCUUCAGAAGUUGGUAAGUUUGCGUGUAUGGUUUUAUAAGUCGUAAUGAAUGGAGUAGUGCUACAGUUUUAGUUAUUUUGACACGAAUGAAAUCCAAUGUAUAAAUGAUUUUUUUUUUAUUGAAAAAAAUGGUUGACUCCACUGGUUUUAUUCAGGAAACCUGUUUGUUGAUUUUGUUACAUUUAUGAAUUUGUUGUGUGUAUGUGAAUGGACUCUUUGUCGUGAAUGUGAAAGUGUAUGUAUGGAGAUCCCAGUGUCGUGUGGCCAAUAGACUAGAAUAUCUUGGAAGCCUUAUUUUCAUUGGGACCUACAGUAAAUGUACUUUUCAAUACUAUAGUUAUUUAUAGGUAAAUAAAUAUAUUUAAGAAUAAUAA